UGUAGCUUUAGGGAUACCUAGGGCUGUGGAUCAGGAUGUCAGAUGGGGAGCUCUCUCAUGUCCAUGUGGGAGGAGGCGGGCUGUGGGACUGAUUGAAGCAGUUGUACCAAAGCAUAGGUGUGCCACAGAAGGUGGACCCUCAGCUCUGGGUGUACCUGCUGCCUUGUGGGUGUGUCAGGAAAGCAGCUCUACAGAUGGUGUGAACCUGCAGGGAAGAACUCAUGUUGCCUGCAGGAGGCCCAUGGCUCCUGAGGAGUACUCAUCUGUGGUAGAGGAUACCAAAUCUGGGGCUCUCCCAUGCUCAUGGGGAAGGAAGCCAUCUAUUGGGGUUCCCCUGGCUCCUGAAAUACAUGGUUCUCUGAAGAUAGAAGCAGGCUCCAGAAGUUUCUCAGGCUUAUCAGGAAGGAGACAAACUGUAGGUUUACCUGUGGCUACAGGCGUAUCCCCAGCUGGUGUGGGUGUGGCUCUCAGGGCAUCUAGUUCUGUAUGGGAGCAUAGCUGUAGGAGAGCCUCAGACUCAGGAGGCAGGCCACCUACAAAGGUAUCAAUGGCUGUGGGGCUCCCUGAGUCCAUGGGGGAUGAGACACUCUCUGAGGGUUUACAAAGAAGGCCAUCUGCUGUGAUGCCUGUGGCUGCUAGAAUUCCCACAACUGUGGGAGAGUCCACAGUCUCUGGGCUCCUUGGGCCUCACAGGGUGAUGGAUAGAGGCUGUGGAGAAAGCUCGGGGACAUGGCAAAGAAGACAAAUGACUGAGGUACCCACUGCUGCUAGUGUCCCUAAACUUGAGAGGGAAGCAGGCUCCGAAGGUAUUAAUCUGUGGUGGAGACACAGUGGAACAGUUCCUGAGGCAGUGAGGGAGGCUUCGCAUCAGGGGAUGCUUGCAGGUGUUGGGGUUCCCAUGGUCAGACACGUACCUGCGGCAGUGUGGGUGACUGGGCCCUCUGCAGAGGAGGCAAACGAAGGUGUCUCUGACCUGACACUGGUUAGGAGACUGUCUACUGAGGGAAUAAUGGCAUCAGGGGAAGAAACAGUGAGUAGAAGGAGCCUGGGAUUUGUAGGGAGGAGCCAGGCUGUGGAAGUGCCUUACCCUGGUGAGCGUGGUGCCAGGAUGUGGGGUGGUCCAAGGUCUACAGUGGAGGAAACAACCUAUGAGAAUAUUCCCAGAGUAUCUGCAAUGAGAACAACUGUGCCGGCACUUUCAGGGGAGGAAGUAGGCCUUGGCCAUUUCAGAGACGAUCUGCAGGAGAAUGGGGAGAGAGCUGUGGGAGGGAUUCCUGAAGCUAGAGGGACAGUGAAUGAUUUGGGAGAGAUGGGGGAGGGUGGAUUGAGGGGCACCUUCUAGUAGGUAUAUAGAAAAGAGUUGGAGAUGUCCUGGGGCUCUUGGGAGGGAAGAGGUUGGGGAACAGUUUGUCUUGAUAUAGAUGAAGGAACUGGUGGGGACCUCAUGACUCCUGGAGAGAUACUUGGUGGCAAAUGUCACAGGCUGUGUAGGGUAACGCUUUUGGGAAGAUGGGGAAUGCAUUACAAGGAGAGGGCUAUCCCAGGACUUUUUACAAGGGAAUGGUAUGGGGCGGGUGUCCUUGGACUUGCGUGUGAAUGUGUGUGUGUGAUUGUUAACUCGAGGUGUGCAACCCCGACUCUGCAGCUCAUUCUGUGGCUUCAGCUCCAGCCCCGUGGUGCUGGCAGGCCCAUUGGCAUUGCCUUACUAGUGUUCUCCCAUCUGCUUCUCGGAUCAUGUCUCUGUAGUCUUAGGAACAAGCAAUCUUGUACAGCUGUCUAUGUUCCUGCAAAUGCACCUGCCUUUAAGAUGAUCUAGUCUGUAAACUUCGAAUUAUUUUUAAAAAUUUUAAGUAGGUUUUUUUUUCUCUUAAUCUUGAACUUCCCAAUUGAUUUACUCUAGAAUUCUUUGAGAGAACAAAUUUUCCAGUGUAUUUGAAACUCACAAUUUCUCAGAAAAUUGCUCAGUGCAACCAUGUUGCUUUAAAUUGUUUUCUGUGUUCAAACUACUGAUUGUGGGAAAUAAAAGAGUAAGACAAGGCCCUCAAUUCUCAAGGAGCCGUGUCUAGCUGGGAAGCUGAGAUACAGACCAUGAAAUAGGGAGAUUUGCCUGAUGAUUAAGCAGUCACGCAUGUGCUUCAUCAUUGGAUGUGAUGGGACCAAGCCAGCCAGCUUCCACAUAUGUCCAUCUAGCAUCCAGUCUCCAAC